AUCGAUUUGGCACGUGAUAAACACAACUCACUUGAUAAACAAUCAGGAAAAUGUUUUCAUUUUUGUUGUUGUUCUCUUUCGUUUAUUUUACUGUCAAUGGACUGAACACAGAGUACAAUCAAAAACGAUACGGUUUUGAUCCAAAGUUUGGAAAGGGAAUAGAAUUUGUGAAAACAUAUAAGAGACCCCAUGAAACACUUAAUCUGAAGACAUUACCACAGAAUUGGGAUUGGAGAAAGGUUAAUGGGACAAACUUUCUAACUACAACUAGAAAUCAGCAUAUUCCACAAUACUGUGGAUCAUGCUGGGCCAUGGGAUCUACAAGUGCUCUUGCAGACAGGAUAAAUAUAAAACGUAAAGGGGCGUGGCCAUCUACAUACCUUUCAGUACAAAAUGUGAUAGAUUGUGGUGGUGCAGGCAGUUGUGAAGGGGGUGAUGACACGGGUGUAUGGCAAUAUGCACAUAAACAUGGUAUUCCUGAUGAAACCUGCAACAAUUACCAAGCUAAAGAUCAAGAUUGUGAUACCUUCAAUCAGUGUGGAACAUGUACAACCUUUGGACAAUGUGAACAGUUAAAAAAUUAUACUUUGUGGAAAGUUGGAGAUUUUGGUACAAUUAAAGGAAGAGAUCACAUGAUGGCAGAGAUCUACAAAAAUGGACCAAUUAGUUGUGGUGUCAUGGCAACAGAUAAAUUAGAUGCAUAUACAGGAGGAAUAUAUGAAGAGGAACAUUUCUUUGCAAUGGUAAAUCAUAUUGUAUCUGUGGUAGGAUGGGGAGUUGAUGUAAAAUCAGGGACAGAAUACUGGAUAGUGAGAAAUUCCUGGGGAGUUCCAUGGGGAGAACAUGGCUUUUUCCGUAUUGUAACCAGUAAAUAUAAAGAUGGAUAUGGGAAUUGGUACAACCUGGAUAUAGAAUCUAGAUGUGCUUAUGGCGAUCCAAUCAUACCAUCUGGAUACUAGAAUUAUAUCAAAGAAACUAGUCAUAUCACAUCUUUACUUUUUGUAAUUGAAUAAAAAUAAUUUAUGUGCUAUAAUGUGUUACGGUUCAUUUAAUAGGUACCAAUACAGUAUAAAUACAAAACUAUUUGAUUGAUUAGAUCUAAAAUGCUAUUAAUUUGCUAUUUUUUUGCAUAGACAGCAUAUAAAUCUGAUUCUCUAAUUACAAAAAAUGUACUUUUGUAGUUAUUUUAAAUUAUUAAAGAUAUUUAAAAAUAAAUAUGCAUAAUAUAAUAAAAAUAGAGAUCUAUAUAUUAAUAAGUAAGUGUAUUCUAACUAAAUUGUCUGUUUAUAUCUAUAAAUCGAAAUAUGGUCAGAUCAUAAAUGCUUAAAAGAGGGGCAAAAGAUACCAGAGGGACAGUCAAACUAUUCUGACCCUUAAGAUUUUGAUUUCACUGCUAAAGAUGUAUUUGCAUGUAUUUUGUAGAUUUUUGUCAGUGUUAUACAAUUUUUUUCACACAUUUGAAUAUUCUCAUGACCUUUCAAGCACCUGUUCAGGAUUUUUUUUUUUUUUUGUAAAAGUAAAAUGCAUUGUUUUCCAAAAAGGUAUUCUGAUCACCUUUAAAGCACUUGUUAGCAACCAUAUUAUUUGUGUUUUAUUACACUUUAUAAAAAAAACAAUUACAAACUUUAAAACUAUUUGAUUGAUAUGAUUUUCCAGACCAUGAACUGUAUUUUAUCAACACAUAAUAUAUUUUUUUCAGUUUUCUCACCACAGACCAGUCACCUGUUACAAAACAUAUUCCUAAUAAGCAUCUUAGUCCAAUUGUUGUUUCAAUAGAAAAGCUGUAGAUACCUGAUUUUCUUAGUGAAAAUGCAAUUUUUAAAUGUUAAAAAAUGUAAACUUGGUUGAACAAAUAAAAUAAAAAAUAUAUAUUUUAUUGUUUGCUUGUCCACAACCAAAUGAUAUUGGUUGUUGUCAAAGACUUGUACAUUGUAGUAAUAAAUGCUGCUUUAAAAUUUGAAGUUGAGGUAUAAAAGAAAAUACAAUUGUUGUCAAUUUUUUUUCUUUAUAUUGUAUAAAAAAGUUAAAUACAUCUAUGUUGUGUAAUAUUUGUUAAUUAUUUAUAUGAUUUAUUUGUGUAAAACAUAUACAUUUUAUCUUUAUAUGAUAGAUGUUAGUUUUUUUCACAAUAAAUAUCAGAAAUUUCGA